AUGGCCUGGCAGGAGCUGUUGCUGGCUGCUUGCCUCCUUGUGCUCCCCUCCGUCUCCGCAGAUUGCCUGUCCCCGUGUUCCUUGUGUGCAGUGAAGACCCAGGAUGCGCCCAAGCCUAUCAAGCCCCUGGUUUGCUCCCUGGAAUGCCAGACCUCCCUGCUGCCCUCUGGGGAGUGGGAGAGAUGCCAGGGCUUCCUGUCUGUUUUCACCUCCUUCGCCCUUGGGCUCAAUGGCAAGGAAGACUCAAAGAGCAAGGCCAUUUUGGAAGAUCCCUAUGGUGAGCUGGUCAAGCACACUGGGCCCUUCCUGAAGAAGCUGGAGAAAAACAAAUUCCUCCCCAGCACCCCCACGAGGGAGAAUUCUCUGAGCCAGACCCUGGAGGAGAAGCUCAGGGGUCUCUCAGGCAGGUUUGGGGAGGGAGCAGAGUCGGAGCUAAUGGGCGAUGCACAACUGGAAGAUGGUGUGAUGGAGGCAGAGGCACUUGGGUCUGAUGAAGAGGAUUCCAAGAAGCAGGUCAAACGCUACGGGGGAUUCUUGCGUAAAUAUCCCAAGAGGAGCUCAGAGGUGGCUGGGAAUGGGGAUGGGGAUGGGGAUACGGCAGCCCAUGAAGACCUGUACAAACGCUAUGGGGGCUUCCUGCGGCGCAUCCGUCCCAAGCUCAAAUGGGACAACCAGAAGCGCUAUGGUGGCUUUCUCCGGCGCCAGUUCAAGGUGGUGACUCGGUCUCAGGAAGACCCCAAUGCCUACUCCGGAGAGCUUUUUGAUGUGUAA